UGAUGCACCGCGGCAGGUUAUGACGACAGGAGCUAGCGUCUUUGACGGGAAAUGGGUGGUCCUAACAGUCGCCAGAAGUAACCCAAACCAUGGCACGUAGACAACUCGUUUUAACAGUUACUCCACACAAAUGACGACAACGUUAGUGUAAGAUUUUACAUGGACUAAUACUGGCACCAUUUAGACCACCAUGACCAUGUUGUCGACGAGAAGGCUUCAACUGUUGAUCCUGCUAGCAUGUUUGUCUUCUGCUUCGUCUUCAGCAGAAACUGGCAGCUAUUUGGUGAUAACGCCGCAGUCUCCACUGCUCCAAAUAGGAACUAACUUCACAGCUACAUGUGUAAUCAACGGCACAACUGAAGUCACAGCAGAUGACCUAUACUGGAAUCUGUCCAAGACCGUUAUCCCGGACAAUCAGUACACUAAGCUCAACGAAUCAGCACUUAGUGUCACUAUCCCUGUGAACAAUGAAAAGCUAGAAUGGUUAUUUUGCCACUGCAAGAAACAAUCUAACUAUGUUUUCUUGAAUAAGGGCAAAUUUAUUCAUGGGAUCUCUCUAAGAAAAGCCUAUUUUCCAGAGAAACCCAAAAAUCUGACCUGUAUAGCAGUUCAGGAGAAGCUUUAUAUUUCCAAAAACCUCAAGUGCUCGUGGGAACCAGCAGAACACCACAGCAUGGAAAUUCCAACAACAUACACAUUACAUGUUGACGUUGUCAAUGACAAUCGGGCUUACAAUGUGUCAACACAAGAAAAUAGUGCUACAGUGACGAUAGAUUCUUACCCUCAUUAUAUGGAUCUGAAGGUCUGGGUAGUGGCCCACAAUAAACUGGGAACUCUGGAGUCUGACCAUAUGAAAGAAGAUGCUUCCUGGUUUGUUAAAACAAAUCCUCCAUCAGGUGUUGAAGUCUUGUCACAGGAGGAAUUUCCAAGGUCUCUUUUUAUAAACUGGACUGCUCCAAUCCCUAAACAAUACCUUGUAUUAAAUUACCAAAUCAGGUAUUGCAUAAAUGGAUCUCACCAUUGGAGUAGCGUACCCGUUGUAGAUAUUGCUGAAGACAUAAAGUCUUUCAGACUCCAAAACCUACAACCAGACAAAGUUUAUACAGUUCAAGUGCGCUGUAAAAAUUCUAAAAAGGAUCAUGGUUAUUGGAGCAACUGGAGUACCAAUGUUACCAAUAAAACACCUGAAGAGAGACCAACAAGUAAGCCGGAUUUAUGGAAGAUAAUUACAGAAGAUGAACGCAGUAAAGAGCGUCAAGUGACGUUAUUGUGCAAGAAUCCUAUGUUCUCAAAUGGAAGAAUAACAAGCUUCAAGAUAAAGAUUCAAACCCGAAAGGAAAACUUCAUGAAUGUAAAUAUGUCAUGGGAAAAUAUCCCUGUCAACUGGUCAGAGGCAGACAGCUUCCCUAGCAAGAAGCUCACUGUUUUAAAACAGAUUACCCUGUCGGACAACAACUCAGCUAGAGUUUACAUCACAGCCAUCAACUCUGUGGGGGAGUCUCCUCAGGCUUCACUUGGCAUCCCAGAGAAAGCCCAUGAGCUUUACCCAGUGGAGGAUCUUAAUGUGCUUCCACGAGAGGACCAACUUUUAGUAAAAUGGAAUCCCCCCAACAUUACAGCUGUUACAGGAUAUGUAGUGGAGUGGGUUAGUUCUAAUGGGAUAGACUGGCUGAGGGAAGACAAAGGCACCCAACAAACUUCUAUAAAAGCCAACAUAGAGAAAUUCAUUUCCUACAGCAUAUCUGUGUAUCCAAUAUACUCUGGAUGGGUUGGAAAACCAGCAAGUGUAGAAGCUUUUCUGGAGGAAGGAGUUCCUUUGGAAGGCCCUUCUGUUCGACUGAAUGGUAAACCAGGAAGAAAUAAAGCGGAGAUUGUAUGGAAUGAAGUUCCUCAAAACAAACGACAAGGCUUCAUCACAAAUUACACAAUAUUUUAUUCAAAUGGGAUUGAACAGAAUAUCACAGUACCAGCUUCCGUCACCUCAUACGUGCUAACUUCGCUGUCGGCCAACACCAAGUAUGAUGCUUGGAUUAGUGCCUCCACCAUUAGAGGCUCAACUGAUGGCACAAGGCACUCAUUUAUCACCCCGAAAUUUGCACCAGGGGAGAUGGAGAUGAUUGUUGUUGGAGUGAGUCUGACCUUUAUGUUUGUGGUUCUCGUAACCAUUUUUCUGUGCAUCUACAAAAAAGAUGUAAUCAAGAAGAAUUUUUGGCCUUGGAUCCCAAACCCCAGAAAGAGCACCAUUGGAAGCUGGUCCCCUGAUUAUCCUUUAAAACCGGAAACACCAAAGGACAGCUGUUUGUCUGGCAUCAGUGUGCUUGAUGUGGACAUAAGUGAUGGAAAAUCAGUGUCUGAGGAAGACAAACCUAGCCUGGCUCUCAAAAAGGACAAGUAUUUGUCUGAAGAGCACAGCAGUGGCAUCGGAGGCUCUUCUUGCAUGUCCUCUCCUCGUCAGAGUGUGUCUGACAGCGAUGAGGGUGCUGACAUUGCUGACACCACAGCCAGCACUGUUCAGUACUCCUCAGUGGUGGCGUCCAAUGCUUACAAAGGCCAGAGCCCGAGCAUCCAACCUCAGCAGCUUAUUUUUUCACGCUCCGAGUCCACACAGCCCCUUCUGGGCUCUGAGGAGAAUGCAGACCUUUUAGUGCAGGAAAACAGCAGAGUUUCCCAACCGUCCUCACGACUGCCUUGCUUUACGGACUCUGCAUGGAACCACAACAGUGCCAGCUUUCCUGAGGUGGAGCCUCAGGAGGUGAUGUUGCCACUGGACCUGUGCCAAUCAGGAGAUGACAAUGAACAGAGAACACAUACAGACGGUCAAUCUCUCGCCAGUUACAUGCCACAGAUUGGUGGUUAUAGGCCACAGUAAAAACUUGGGCCAGCUUGUAGUCUUUUGAUGACACAUAAUGCGCCCGUGUUAAUGUUGCAUGCCCAUUUCAAGUCCUGGAUUUCAAUGGUUACUGCAAAUACUAUGCUGUGUUUUAUUUUAGCUGCGCAGAGCAAUACUUUAAAAAAAAAUAAUGGGAACAUAUUUCAGUGAAAAUCCUUUAUGGAAUUUAAUGCAUUGAGGACAUCUUCAUGUAAGAGUGAUCAGUUGAAUCAAAUUCUUAUGUUAUGGAUUGGAUUCAGAAUUAUACACAAAUGACGCAAAAUCCAAGUUUUUAUCACAAGCAUCAGGAGGAGUGGAGGGGGUGGUGGUCCCAGGUAUUCAGACCCUUCAGUCUCCUCAUCACUUCUCAAACAGUGGAAAGAUCAACCCCCCCCCCCACCACCACCACCACCACCACCACCACCACACACACACACACACACAUACACACACACACGCACACGCACACUUAAACACACAGACCUUUGGUUGCCUGGGUCAUCCCCAAAAUAAUAAGUGUGCAGAAGGCAAUUUGCACGCCACUGCUCUGUAUAGUAAUACAAUUCUAUGAAUGGCUGCGAUGUCGUUAUAUCUCAGAGUUGUCAAAUGUUAUCGAACAUCUAUGUCAGAGGUCAGGAACCUUUUCGACUGAGAGCCAUAAAUGCCAAAUAUUUGAAAAUGUAAUUUCAAAAGAGCCAUGUAAUAUAUUAAAAACUAAAUACAGGUGUAUUUACGCAUUUAUGUAGGACGAACACUUUCAGAGUACAAUAAGUCUCUGAAUUCUUUUAAAUAACAUUGUUACGCUAUUGCUAACCAAUAAUGACAAAAGUACUUCUUACCAUUUACGCGACUUCUAGUGUUGCAUGGUUUGCUGAUGGUUUAUAGUCUGUUUUGUGUCAUUAGAUUAAGCUUCAUGCAGGCGUUGAGACUUCCAUCAGUUAAUUGUUAAUGUGGUUCAAUUUGAUCUGCCAUCAUGAUGGUUACGAUGGUGAGCAGUUCUUGCCGACAAAGGCGUGUUUGACUAUCUUGUCUUUUUGCAAAAAGUUGUCAAAAGGUUCGGCAACAUCAAGCACGAAUGGUUUGGCAUACACCCCCAUCCCUGAAUGGCUGUCCAGUCUUACCAAAAACUGUAGAACUCCUCUUUUUUUUUUUUUUUUCCUUUGAGCGAUCAUUUUACACAAUUAAUUGUUGCACCUGAUCUGCAUUCGACCCAUCUGCACACUGACUCCGACUGCAAACUACAGCAACCCCACUAGGACAAACUGUUUCUGCUCGUUUGCGUUGUCUAUGCGACAGAAAUGACAUUCUACAGUAUGUUGUGAUGAGGCCUCUGCAAGCCACAUGCAACUAUCAAAAGAGCCAGAUAUGGUUAUGUUGUUACAGAAAGGGUUCUUUUCCUUUUGGCUUGUCCCGUCAGGGGUCACCACACCGCGUCAACUUUUUCCAUUUGCACCUAUUCCCUGCAUCUUCCUCUAACACCAACUACCCUUAUGUCUUCCCUCACAACAUCCAUCAACCUUCUCUUUGGUGUUCCUCACACUCUUUUGCCCAGUAGCUCCAUCGUCAGCACCUUUCUACCAAUAUACUCACUCUAUCUUGCCUCUGGACAUGUCCAAACCAUUGAAGUUUGUCCUUUUAAACCUUGUCUCCAAAACAUCCAACUUUGGCUGUCUCUCUCAUGAGCUAAUUUCGAAUCCUAUCCAACCUGCUCAUUCCUCGAGAGAAACUCAACACCUUCAUUUCUGCCAGCUCUAGUGCCGCUUCCUGUUGUCUCUUCAGUGCCACCGUCUCUAAUCCGUACAUCAAGGCCGGCCUCACUACUGUUUUUUUGCCCUUCAUCCUAGCAGAGAUUCUUCUGUCACAUAAUGUAGCUGACCCCUUCCACCAGCUUUUCCAACCUGUUUGUACCCGUUUUUUUACACUUCCUUACCACACCCAAAGUAUUUGAAGUCGUCCACCCUCCCGAUCUCAUCUCCCUGUAGCCUCAAUCUUCCCCCUCCACCCCUAAUAUUCAUGCACGUAUAUUCUGUUUAACUUCAGCUAAUCUUCAUUCCUCUCCUUUCCAUUGCAUGCCUCCAUCUUUAUAGUUGUUCCUCCACCUGCUCCCUGCUUUAAGUGCAAAUCACAAUGUCAUCUGCGAACAUCAUGGUCCAAGGGGAUUCCAGUCUAACCUCAUCCUUCACCAUAUCCAUUGCCACAGCAAACAAGAAGGGGCUCAGAGCUGAUCCCUGAUGCAGUUCCACCUCACCACUGUUAUGCUACCCUCAUACAUGUCCUGUAUUAUCACAUAUUUCUCCGCCACACCAAACUUACGCAAGCAGUACCACAGUUCCUCCUUCUUCCUUAGUACUCUGUCAUAGCUUUCUCUAGAUCCACAGACACAAUGUAACUCCUUCUGACUUUCUCUGUACCUUUGCACUAGCAUCCUCAGGGCAAAUAAUACACCUGUAGUACUCUUUCUAGGCAUGAAACCAUACUGUUGCUCGCAGAUACUUACUUCUGUUCUGUGUCUAGCCUUCACUACUCUUUCCCAUAAUUUGUGUGGCUUGUCAACUUUAUUCUUCUAUAGUUCCGACAGCUCUGCAAAUAGUUUCGUUCUUAAAAAUGGGAACGAGCACACUUUUCCUCCAUUCUUCAAGCAUCUUCUCGCCCGCUAGUUUUCUGUUGAACAAGUUGAUCAAAAACUCCACAGCCACAUCUCCAAAUCGCUUCUCAACCUCGUCUUGUUUGUCACCAGGACUGACUGCUUUUCCAUUUUUCUUCCUCUUAAGUGCCUUUCUAACUCCCCCCCCCUUACGAAUCAUUGCCACUUCCUGGCCCAUCACAUUAGUCUCUUCUACUCUUCCCUUUUUCUCAUUUUCUCUAUUCAUCAAUUUCUCAAACUAUUCUCUCCCUCAAUUUACCACACUACUGGCACCAGUCAACACAUUUCCACCUCGAUUCUUAAUCACCCUUACCUGCCACACAUCCUUCCCAUCUCUAUCCUUCUGUCUGGACAACCUGUAGAGAUCCUUUUCUCCUUCUUUCGUGUCCAACCUGGUGUACAUGUCAUCAUAUGCCUCUUGUUUCGCCUUGGCCACCUCUACCUUUGACCUAUGUCGCAUCUCAAGGUAUUCCUUUCGCCUCUCCUCAGUCCUCUCAGUGUCCCACUUCUUCUUUGCUAUCCUCUUUCCUUGUAUGACUUCCUGUAUUUUGGGGUUUCACAACCAAGUAUCCUUCUUGCCUUUCUUACCAGAAGAAACACCAGGUACUCUCCUACCUGUCUCUGAUCACCUUGGCUGUAGUCGUCCAGUCUUCUGGGAGAUUAUCCUGUCCACUAAGAGCCUGUUCCCAGAAGUCCGCACAAUAUUCUUCAUUUCUCAGCUUCCAACACAUGGUUCUCUGCUCUACCUUUAUCUUCUUAAUCUUCCUCCCCACCACCAGAGUCAUUUUACACACCACCAUCCUAUGCUAUCAAGCUACACUCUCCCCUACCACUACCUUACAGUCAGUAACCUCCUUCAGAUUACAUCAUCUCCACAAAAUAUAAUCCACCUGCGUGCUUCUACCUCCGGUCUUGUAAGUCACCCUUUGUUCCUGCCUCUUCUGGAAAAACUGUACACUAUUGACUGUUACAUCCUUUUUGGAAAGUCCACCACCAUCUGUCCCUCAAAGUUCCUUUCCUGGAUGCCGUACUUCCCCAUCCCUUCUUCAUCGCCCCUGUUUCCUUCACCAACAUGUCCAUUACAAUCUGCACCAACCACAACUUUCUCUGUGUCUGGGAUGCUCAGAACUACUUCAUCUAGUUCCUUCCAGAAUUUCUUUCAAUUCUAGGUCACAUCCUACCUGUGGGGUAUAGCUGAUAAUCACAUUAUACAUAACACCCUCAAUUUCAAAUUUCACCCUCAUCGUGCGAUCUGAUACUCUUCACCACAGAGACAUUCUUCACCAGCUUUUCCUUUAAAAUAAUCCCUACUCCAUUUCUCUUCCCAUAUCCUCCAUGGUAAAAUAAUUUAAACCCUGCCCCUAAGCUUCACGUCUUAUUACCUUUCCACCUGCUCUCUGGCAUCCACAAUAUACAGGGAGUCCUCAGUCUACGACUAAGAUCCGUUCCUAGAGUAGCGACAUAAGUUUAAUUUCGACUCAAGUCGGAUUUCACCAUUAAAGACAGAAUUUACAUUAAAAUACUUUGUAUAAAAAAACAAAUGCAUUGAAAUAAACAGGAUGAUGUACUUCGCAUUACUGCUGAGAGGUGGAUGGAGAAGAAGAAGAAGGGGAGGCUGUGCUUAGCUUUUGCGAAGGAACCUGGUCUGCUGUCCUCUUCAUAUCGACAAGUAUCAAAGAACCUUGUUUUGUGAUAUUUGUAUCCGACUGAGGAAUAGAACCCUUCAUCACAUGCUCUAAAAUACAGUCUUCAUCUUUAAUAAUUUUCACCGCGGUCGACCGAAUGAGGCCUUAGUGGUGUUGGUGUCUCUCCUUUCUCCAAUCUUUUUAUGAUCUUGAGCUUCAUUUCCAUGGUAAUGGAUUCUCUUUUGGAUGGAGAAGCAUUGCUAAAAGUCACAGCUUCUUUGGGGCGAUGUCUAAAAAGGAGGGCAAAAAAUGCAAAGAUACUCCUGGCGCACAAACACGGACAAGCAUUAGCCAGACAAAAUGGCGGACUGGUAUGGGCGUUGUGAAGUUGAAACAUCUUAGGUCGAGACAGUCUUAACCCGAGGAUUCCCUGUAUCAACCUGUAUCUCCUAAUCAUCAUGUCAACCAACUCCUGAGCUUUUCCUGUCAUAGUCCCAACAUUCAAAGUCCCUACACUCAGUUGAAGGCUCUGUGCAUUCCUCUUCUUCUUCUGCUGACGAAUCCGCUUUCCCCUCCUCUUCUUUGUCUUCAACCCACAGUUGCUGAGUUUCCACCGACGCCCUGCAGGUUAAAAGUGCCUAACCCUGAUUUUUAAAUCUGGAAAUCCUUGACAAAUUAAACUUUCAGAGGUUGGCAGCUCAGUAUGUACCAGUACUAUCUACAAUGUCAAGGCAUGGCAUGGCCAUGAUAAGAUGACAGAAUGAUGGUCUUCUGGUGGACUUUUUCUGGAGCCCGUUUAUCAAUUAUGCACAUUCCAGGGCACACAGCACACUAUCCAGCCCAAGUGCAGAUUGAUACGCCAUGCCGGACCAACUAAAGCCCAUUAUACACAUUUAGUCCAAGCUGCACAAUGUGACCAAAAUAGCUAAAUGCCUGAUUUUUCAAAGAUUUAAUGUGUGCAGUCUGUGGCAAAUAAAAUUGCUUUCACGAUUUCAAAAAUCCCAUGUGUACCAGGCCUUAUUUGUGCUGAAGAUGUUAUGAUCCUGGCAGCACGGUGGCUCAGCUGGGAAGCGUUGGCCUCACAGUUCUGAGGUCCCAGGUUUCAUCCCAGACCCGCCUGUGUGGAUUUUGCAUGUUCUCCCUGUGCCUGUGCGGGUUUUCACUGGGCACUCCAGUUUCCUCCCACAUCCCAAAAACAUGCAACAUUAAUUGGACACUCUAAAUUGCCUUUGGGUGUGAUUGUGAGUGUGGCUGUUUGUCUCUAUGUGCCCUGUUAUUGGCUGACAACCACACAAUGGUGUACCCUGCCUCCUGCCCGUUGACUGCUGGGAUAGGCUCCAGCAGUCCCGCAACCCUUGUGAGGAUAAACCGUCUAAGAAGAUGGAUGGAUUUUAUGAUACUGAUUACAUUAGCACUGUAAAAAAACAAACACCAAACCAGAUCGUAAUCUACAAGGAUGCGGAGAGAAAGAUGGCCUGUUGCCAUUCCUCUAAUAGAUGUUCUGCAAAUUAUUUUUCCUUUCCACUCACUGUUGCUCCCAUUUCCACGUAUCUAAAAUUGAUUCACAAAUAAUAUUCACUUCCAGACACAACAGGAUAAUCUCCCUGAAGAAUGACUGACUUUUACACUAUGAUGAUGAUUGUAUGUUCACUUUUUUUCUUUUUUCGCCAGUAGUCUAUAAAGUCUAAUGAUUUUGCUUUUUAAUUACAACUAGGACUUGCUUUUCCACACAAUGGCAAAUUACAUUUCCAUGACUUUGUAGGAGUCACUGAGUGCUUUAUCCGCUUGACUACUGUGCUGGCAAAGUGAGUGUGAAUAGUUGUCUGUCACUUUAUGUGCCCAAUCAUAGAAUGACGACCAGUCCAGGGUGUAUGUAUUUUGUCUUUUUCCCCACUCAGCUGUGAUGUAUCGAAGGACUUGGUGUUACAAGUAUACUGGAAAUACACAUUGGAUUUCGAAGUGUCAUUGAGCAUGGCAGCGGUCUAUACCAAUUGGGAAAGUAACAGGUAUUUUACACUAAGCAUUUUUUGCAAUUAGCCUGAUUUGUGUUAUGAUGUUUUUGUAAAAUUGGUCACAGUCUUUAUCUGAAUAAUAAAUUGUUUUCAUUGUACGUAACUAUCUCAAACUAACACAAAUUAAUCAUCAUUAUCUAAAUGUUUUUGAGUGCCUUUCACAAUGAAAAUAAAAAUAUAUUACACUAUUUUCACCAGAUGUGGCAGAAAUACUCACACUUCAGUAGAAGUACUUGGAAGGGAAAAAAAAAAGACUGCUAAAACAAGAUGUAACCUACCAAUUCAAUUCCUUUACCUAAACGGGAAAUAAACAGUUUUCAAACUGCAAUAUUUCAAUGAAGCUCUACCUUCAAUGUUCCCAAUUUGGUGUAUUUUCUGAAUGUACAAUCGAUGAAAAAUAAAAAAGGUGAUCAAC